GAUACGUUUUUGUUUACAUUUUGCAGACAUGCGUUGAAUUUUUUUUUUACAGUAUUGCAGAUGUCUGCAUUGCCGACUUCCUUUUUCGUUUCCUGGUUUUUCCCACAGACACACACACUGAAAAUCCUGUUUGUUUUUUUGGGGUUAGGAACGUUUCUACCCAACGUUUUCGCUUUGAAAGGAAAAAAGGAAGGAGCAUUAGCGCGCCCCCCAAGCAAAUUUCUCACCCGGAACCUAGUGAUUUAGGAAAGACGCGAUGUCCAAGCGUAGAAUCGAAGUGUUGGAUCCGUUCAUCAAAAAGAAAAGGGAGGAGAGAGGAAUCAGUACAGCAGUGACCACACCUAGCGGAGGUAUUACUACUACUUCGACCCCGAGCUCCGUAAACUCCUUGAAUGGAUCACCAUAUUCCCAGAAAUACCAUGAACUGUUUCGCAAGAGGAUCACUUUGCCGGUGUUCGAGUACAAGGCGGAAUUCAUGAAUCUCCUUGCCGAGAACCAGUGCAUCGUGCUCGUCGGUGAGACAGGUUCCGGAAAAACAACCCAAAUCCCGCAAUGGUGCGUAGAUUACGCCCGUUCUGUGGGAAGCAAGGGUGUUUGCUGUACGCAACCCAGGAGGGUGGCUGCCAUGUCCGUGGCACAGCGUGUUUCAGAGGAAAUGGACGUGGUUUUAGGUCAGGAAGUCGGUUUCAGCAUCCGUUUCGAAGAUUGCUCAUCAGCAAAGACUAUAUUGAAGUAUAUGACAGAUGGUAUGUUGCUUCGUGAAGGUAUGAGCGAUCCAAUGCUGGAAGGAUACCAAUGCAUAUUGCUCGAUGAGGCUCACGAACGUACUUUGGCCACAGACAUUCUUAUGGGUGUGCUUAAAGAGGUGAUCAAACAGCGUUCGGAUCUCAAGUUGAUUGUCAUGUCGGCCACAUUGGAUGCCGGCAAAUUCCAGCAGUACUUUGAUAACGCUCCUUUAAUGACGGUGCCGGGACGUACCCAUCCCGUAGAGAUAUUUUACACUCCGGAACCGGAACGCGAUUAUUUGGAAGCCGCCAUCAGAACAGUCAUCCAGAUUCACAUGUGCGAGGAAAUCGCCGGCGAUAUUCUGCUUUUCCUCACUGGUUUAGAAGAAAUCGAAGCAGCCUGCAAGCGGAUCAAAAGGGAGAUCGACAACUUGGGACCGGACGUAGGUGAUCUGGUCUGCAUACCUCUGUACUCGACGCUUCCACCGAACCUUCAGCAGAGGAUCUUCGAUGAUCCUCCGCCGAACAAACCGAACGGCGCCAUUGGUAGGAAGGUCGUCGUUUCCACAAACAUCGCCGAAACCUCAUUGACAAUAGACGGUGUUGUUUUCGUGAUCGAUCCCGGUUUCGCAAAACAGAAAGUGUACAAUCCCCGUAUUCGAGUCGAAUCACUUUUAGUUUCUCCAAUUAGCAAGGCGUCAGCGCAGCAGAGGGCUGGACGUGCCGGUCGUACGAAGCCGGGCAAAUGUUUCCGCUUGUACACGGAGAAGGCUUACAAGAACGAAAUGCAGGACAACACGUACGCGGAAAUCUUGCGCUCGAAUCUGGGCUCCGUUGUUUUACAGCUGAAAAAGUUGGGCAUCGACGAUUUGGUGCACUUCGAUUUCAUGGAUCCACCAGCUCCUGAAACCCUCAUGAGGGCUUUGGAGUUACUCAAUUAUUUAGCCGCUCUGGAUGAUGAUGGUAACUUGACCGAUCUAGGUGCAGUGAUGGCGGAGUUCCCACUGGACCCACAGCUCGCUAAAAUGCUCAUAGCCAGUUGCAAUCAUAAUUGCUCCAAUGAAAUCCUUUCUAUAACUGCUAUGCUGUCAGUCCCACAGUGCUUCAUCAGACCAAACGAGGCUAAGAAGGCUGCCGACGAUGCCAAGAUGCGUUUCGCCCAUAUUGAUGGUGAUCAUCUCACCUUGCUCAACGUGUACCACGCAUUCAAACAAAAUAUGGAAGACCCUCAAUGGUGUUAUGACAAUUUUGUCAACUACAGAACGCUUAAGUCUGCCGACAAUGUAAGGCAACAGUUGUCGAGAAUUAUGGACAGGUUCAAUUUAAAGCGAACCUCGACCGAUUUCACUAGUAAAGACUACUACUUAAACAUUCGCAAAGCAUUGGUAAAUGGAUUUUUCAUGCAGGUUGCUCAUUUAGAACGCACCGGUCACUAUUUGACCAUAAAAGACAACCAAAUAGUCCAAUUGCACCCGUCCACUUGUUUAGACCAUAAACCUGAAUGGGUAAUUUAUAAUGAAUUCGUACUGACCACGAAAAACUACAUUCGCACCGUAACCGAUAUUAAACCAAAUUGGCUGUUGAAGAUUGCACCGCAAUAUUACGAUCUGCAGAAUUUCCCGCAGUGCGAGGCGAAGCGACAACUGGAAAUUAUACAAACUCGGUUAGAGUCCAAGCAAUAUCAGCAAGGAUUCUAGUCGACAAAGAAUAUUAUGAAUUUUUUGUUUGUUUUAUUAUUAUUAUCUGUAUAUUUAUGGUUGUAGAACGAAGUAUAGGCGGUUUUUAAAUAUUUUUUCACCUUAUCAUAUAGCGUAACAAACAAAAAAAAAAUAUAUAAAUAAAUAAAUAAAAGAAGACGGAGUAAAUAAAAAGCAAUUUCUAACAACACCAAUAACAAAAAAUACACUUUAAACUCGUUUCACUCGGAACUAUCGACGAGUUUACUUAAAACAUUUUUAAUGAUUGAUGAGAAAAUCGGAAAUUAUAUUUUGAUUA